AUGACUAUUUGCAAAUUCUAUCAACAAGGCCGGUGUCGAUAUGGAGAUUCUUGCAAAUUCGAGCAUCCUGGCCGAACAACUGCAGCCUCGGGGAAUCGCUUCGGCGUUCUCUCUGGUGGUGGUGGAUCUUUGAUGGGCCGUGUCACGUCUCAAGAACAGCAGCCACAAAACUUUGGGGUAACAGCAGCGGAUAUUAAAGUCGAUCUCACUGCUGGAAAAGGCCGACCGGAAUGGAUUUUCUCUGCUUAUGGGCCUGGACGAAAUGCCCCGAGGCAACUUUUUGGAGGUCCCCAACGUGAACAAAGUUAUGAGGAAAUGCGUCUGCGUCACUACGAAGCGGCUGCCGCAGGAAAAGCAGAACAGGCAGUUCAAGAAGCCCUAGCACUUUACAAUGAGUCCGUAAAGCAGAUGGACGUUAUCUUGAAUGACCUUGAUAAUGCUGUGAAAUACGUCGUGGACGGAGUCAACGAACACCCUAACCGCAUCGACAUCGCAGAAGGCAGAACGGGUCCGGCUGCAGGCCAACCACCGGCCACAUCAUUUGGACAACCUGCUCCAUUUGGACAGCCUGCUCCAACUACUCAGCCUUCUGGAUUUGGUCAGCCUUCGAACUUAGCCACUCAGUCGGGAUUCGGGAAACCAUCAGGGCUCGGUCAGCCUUCAGGAUUUGGUCAACCCUCAGCGUUCGGUCAACCUUCAUCAUUUGGACAACCCUCCACCUUUGGUCAACCUUCGGGCUUUGGACAGCCAAGCACGCUUGGUCAGGGAUCUGCAUUUGGAAAACCCUCAGGGUUGGGGGCUCCGUCGGCCUUUGGGAAACCCGCGUUUGGACAGCCAAGUCUCGGCCAGCCGGCCUUUGGGCAAUCCUCUUUCGGCCAGCCUUCAGGUCUAGGCGCCUCACCAUUCGGGAAGCCCGCCACGGCUGCGAGCCCGUUUGCUCAAGCUGGCAGUGGAUUUGGUGCGGCGUCGUCUACUACCUCUCCAUUUGCACAGGCCGCUGGUGCCCAGCAACCAGCUGCAACCGGGUUUGGCCAGCCGUCAACCGCGCAGCCAAGUGGAUUUGGUCAACCGUCAACCGCGCAGCCAAGUGGAUUCGGCCAGCCAUCACAAACAGCAUCACCAUUUGGUAAACCGCAACAAUCGUCUCAACCAUUUGGACAACCACCCACAACCGCCAGUCCAUUCGGGGCUGUUGCGCAGCAGCAACCUGCGGCAUCACCUUUUGGCCAGCCAGCGAGCGGAUUUGGACAACCGGCCAGCGGGUUCGGUCAGCCACAGCCGCAACAACCACAACAGCCAACCGCGCCUACAGCAACACCGGGGACUGGCCCUCCUGCUGUUAUCAAGGUGGAAGAUCCGAAUCAACUGCAGCCCAUCCCGCCUUUAAGUGGCCAGACAGUUCGGGAUCCGGUCACGAAGCGACUCUCCAUGUGGAAGGGGCAACCGGUGAAAUACAUCGACAACGCACCUUGCUAUUUACAUCCCCAAGACCGUCAGACCUACGUACGCAUCUUUUUCCCUGACGGACCGCCUGAUGAGGCGAGCCUCAGAGACGCGCAAGCGAAGCCAGAAGCCUACACGCCGGAGGUCACCGAGCAGUACGAGUUCUUUGUCAAGAACGGGUAUUUCAAGGACGGGGUCAUUCCCAGUGUUCCCCCGAAGACGGAAUGGGUCAGUUUCGAUUUUUAG